CAAACCAUGUGCGCCGCUGUUAUGCACAGACACCCGCACAUACAGUGACUUAUAGGUCGAUUUGUGGCGCAGCUCCGCCUCCCAUCGCCCUGUCCUCUGCAACACUCCUGCUAGCCGAAGUUCUCUUUGCACUUCUGGGUCUUUUGGGUCGGUUGAAGGGCUUUUUGCAAGCAGGAAAAGACAACAAAACCCCCACAACAAUGGCUGCAAUUCUCCUCCGUUCAGUUUUGAACAAGAAGGUGUCCUUCCAACUGGGUCGUAAAUGUUACUCGUCGUCCUCAGUGCCCACAACCAAGCUGUUCAUUGAUGGCAAGUUUGUUGAGUCCAACACCUCGGAAUGGCUCGACAUUCACAACCCUGCCACUAAUGAGGUGGUGGGACGAGUUCCCAAAGCUACCGAGGAGGAGAUGCUGGCAGCGGUAAACUCCUGCUCCAGAGCCUAUCCGUCCUGGUCCGAGACCUCCGUCCUCAGCAGGCAGCAGGUCUUCCUGCGCUACCAGCAGCUCAUCAAGGAUAACAUUAAAGAACUGUCCAAACUGAUCACCUUGGAGCAGGGCAAAACUCUUGCCGAUGCAGAGGGAGAUGUAUUUAGAGGACUUCAGGUGGUCGAGCAUGCCUGCAGCAUUACAUCCCUCAUGCUGGGGGAGACGUUACCCUCCAUCACCCGGGACAUGGACACAUACACCUACCGCCUGCCCAUCGGAGUGUGUGCCGGCAUCGCCCCCUUUAACUUCCCCGCCAUGAUUCCCCUGUGGAUGUUCCCCAUGGGCAUGGUAUGUGGCAACACCUACCUGAUGAAGCCCUCUGAGCGGGUCCCGGGGUGCACCAUGCUCCUGGCCAAGUUGAUCCAGGACGCCGGAGCACCAGAUGGCACACUCAACAUUAUCCACGGGCAGCAUUCAGCGGUGAACUUCAUCUGUGACCACCCGGCCAUCAAAGCCAUCAGCUUUGUGGGCUCCAACCCGGCCGGAGAGCACAUCUACGAGCGGGGAUCCAAGAACGGCAAGAGGGUGCAGUCCAACAUGGGUGCCAAAAACCAUGGUGUGGUGAUGCCUGAUGCCAACAAAGAGAACACCAUCAACCAGCUAGUGGGUGCUGCUUUCGGAGCAGCUGGCCAGCGCUGCAUGGCUCUGUCCACCGCUAUUUUUGUCGGGGAGUCUCGUGAAUGGCUCCCGGAGCUGGUGGAGCGCUCCAAAUCACUGCGUGUCAAUGCAGGGGAUCAGCCUGGGGCGGAUGUGGGUCCCCUGAUCUCCCCUCAAGCCAAGGCCAGGGUGGAGUAUUUGAUCCAGAGUGGGGUGGAGGAGGGAGCCAAUAUUCUGCUGGACGGGAGAAAGGUCAACGUCAAAGGAUAUGAAAAUGGAAACUUUGUAGGACCGACCAUUCUGAGCGGUGUAACGCCGGCCAUGAAGUGUUACAAAGAGGAGAUCUUUGGACCGGUGCUUGUCGUCCUGGAGGCCGAAAACCUUGACGAAGCGAUUUCUUUAAUCAACAGUAACCCCUACGGCAACGGCACCGCCAUCUUCACCACCAAUGGAGCCACAGCGCGCAAAUACACACAUGAGGUGGACGUCGGCCAGAUCGGCGUGAACGUGCCCAUCCCUGUCCCCCUCCCCAUGUUCUCCUUCACCGGCUCCAGAGGCUCCUUCAGAGGAGACACCAACUUCUAUGGCAAGCAGGGCAUCCAGUUCUACACUCAGAUCAAGACCGUGACGUCACAGUGGAAGGCUGAGGAUGCCACUGUGACCAGCCCAGCUGUUACCAUGCCAACCAUGGGACGCUAAAUUGACAGCACAUCCAGCAUAACCUUGAGAGACUUCUCAUAUGCCUUAAGAUGAAGCCCAUGGAAGGAAAUAGGGGGGGGGAGGGAGGUCACAUGUCCUUUUCUGUUUUGUUUUUUUAGAUAUAUUCACUAAACUUUGGUUCCUUCUGAACAAUGUUGAUGCACAAAAACACACAAAUGCAAAUUACACCUCUCUGGGAGAUUGGAGCUGGAUUGAUGCAAUGAUUGAUGCAAUGAUUGAUGCAAUGAUUGAUGCUGUGAGUCUCUUCAUGGGUUUGUUGUGUUUGUCCUGUUCUGACGGGGUGGACCAUGGAUGUAACCAAGCUCAGUUAUUUUCAUGUUUAGUUGUCUGGUGUCACAUUUCUUUAAACCUAACAUAGAAAUCAAAAGGGUCAGGGAUUCUACUUUGGAGCAAUGACCCCCCAAAUGUCUUCCACCAUUAUCCCUUGUUUUUUUUUAGCUUGUACCGUUCGUCAAAGCGUUGUGUAGAUACUUGUUAAGAAGACAUAAACGGAGCAAGAGCAAACCUUUUCUCUGUUGCCCUGUCAAAACUGACAUAAUGGUUGUAGUUCUCUACCCUCUAAAUGUAUUUAUCCUACUGUCCGGUGUUGGGACUACCAUGUGGUUUCUUGUAUGUCAGAGAGAGGUUCACGGGUUUUUGUACUGUAUUGUCGGGAGCGAUACUUUCAUUCUGGCCAUGAAUUGUCUGAAAGUUAAAUUGCUGUCUUUUAUAUGAGUUGACAUCUGACAUUCUCUACAAACCAUUAUAAUGAAACAGUAUGUGCUGGACAUAUUUUUCAUUCAAAUGAUAUGAGCUACAUCAAAUUUUGUCACCUUGACUACCUUUGGUUGAAGAUUAUGACAUGACAUCAAGGUAGUUCAAUGUUUGAAUAAAGCCACUUGACUAUA